CAAGACGCAAAAUAAAAAAUGACUUAUCGUUGUUUUCGUUUUUUAUAUUGAAAUAAGUUGUAAAGUUGAUUAUUCACUUGAAAUCAUAAAAAAUUUCACUAAUCAUUUGAAACAUUGUCAAUAAGUGACGAAACAAUUACUAAUUUUUAUAAUAUUAUAGUGAUUUGGGUUGAAUUAAUCGUAUACCUAUUGAAGUACACUCCCUUGUUCUAAGUAUAGUGUUCAUUAUUUAUAUUUAUCUCUUAAUAGAAAAUGGAUUGCGUUACCACGUUAAAGAUCCUGGUAAUUGGUGAAAGUGGCGUUGGAAAAUCCUGUAUCAUCUUAGCGUUCACAACAGGCGACUACAAUGCAUCGUUUCCAGCGACUAUCGGAGUUGAUUACAAAUGUAAGGUUAUGGAAGUUAACGGACUUAAAGUGAAACUCGGGAUAUGGGAUACAGCUGGCCAGGAACGAUACAGGACACUUACAAAUAGCUUUUAUAGAGAUGCUCACGGUGCGAUAUUAGUGUAUGAUGUGUCAGAACCAAAAACCCUAGCGAAGUUAAAUGAAUGGGUUGAAGAGUUACAAGUGUAUUCCACAAAGAAGAAUAUUGUUUGUCUCGUUGUUGGAAAUAAGAUUGAUAAGACCCGCGUAGUACCAAGAGAAGCUGGGCAGGCGUUCGCACAAAAACACAGAAUGCUAUUUAUAGAAAGCAGCGCUAAGACACAGGAAGGCAUCAAUCUGGCAUUUGAAGAAUUGGUUCAAAAGAUCAUAGAAACACCAGGUCUGUGGGAGUCCACUGGGUCUUCGUCAAAUAUUCGCAUAUCAAACGAGGAGAGGAGACAGCAAGAGCAGUCGUGUUAUGAUUACACAUGUUCCAUUUAAUAGCGGUCCGCCAUUUUGUUUUUGAGAUUUCGUACGUUUUAACAAGAUUGCGACUUAGAGGCUAUGUGAGUGGGGUUAGAAAAUAGCGUGCACUUGUACAUUACGGGAAAUACAAAGUGUUUUUAAUAUCAUACCAUAUAUAUAGGAGUUUUUUUUUAAUUGUUUUAAUUUACCAGCAUUACAAUUUUAAAAGGGCAAAUAAUAUUAUAGAAUUUAAUGUUCUUAAAACAUGAUAUAUUGAUAUGAUAAUAAAAAAAGUCUAUUUUAUGAUGAAACGCACGAAACGCAUAUUACAUAAAAAUUGUACUAAUAUAGAGAAUGAAUUGACACGAAAUAUUUCAUUUCAUUCCAUGCAUUCAUUUGUUCAUUUUUAAAAUGCGUCACCUGUUAUGGAGAAAGUAAAAUAAUUUUCACACUAUCAUGCAUGAAUCGUACUUGCCCUAAAUUAAUUUUUACUCUUAAAAAUGCGCAAUUCAUUAUCUGUCUAUGUAAAAUUUGCACCAAUAAUAAUAUAGAUAAAAUUGUAAAUAAAAUAUUGAACCGAAAUGAAGAUUGUUUUUUCAAAUAAUAUGAUAUCUGUGUUUAAUAAUAUUUUCUUCUGUGUAGACAUUUUUUAUUAUCAUUAUUUCUUAGCAUGCGUCACUGGUUGCCUUUUUAGUUGCAUAGGAUUAUAAAACUCUAUGAUUAUAUUAUUUGCCUAUUUUUAAUGAUGUUUUAGAUGUUUUAAUCACUUUGGGCCAUCAGUUGAACAUGUGGUAUAACUUAGUACCUAUUUAAUACAUUUAUGUUUCAAAUUGUAUGCGUGGAAAAACUGUGCAGCACUUUAUGUUUACACAUAGCCUUAAUACAAUAAUCUGAUUGCGUCAAAAAUAAUGUCACGACGUUGCCGCUCCGUAACCGACUAUGAAGCGACAACGUCGCGUACGCCGCUCGUCAUGCGUUCAUACUACGUAGUGGCAACGUCGUUUCAUGUUUACACCGUGCGGCACAGCAACGGUGCGUCAAUCGCUCGUCAUGCAUAUUUUGUCGUGAAGAACGGCAACGUCGCGUCACCCGCUCGCCAUGCGUUUGUCACGCGGGGCGGCAACGUCGGGUCAGCCGCUUGUUACGCCUUUGUCGUGCGGAGAGGUAAUGUCGAUUCAACCGGUCGUCAUGUAGAAAUAGUUAUGAUUGUUUCUACGUAAGAUGCAAGCAUUCGUUUUGCAAACGUCAAUUGACAAAAGCUUGCGCAUGACGUCGAUUUAUGAGGCUUUAAAAUCAUAUUGUGCGUCACAGUAACACUUAGUACAUUAUUAAAAUAAAGCAAAUAAGUAGCAUGACAAAAAUAUGUCCAAAACAAGUCCAAAACCUAUCGAGUUAAAAGCUGUUACUCGAAACAUUCCUCCAUUUACAACCCCUUUUGUCGCACUUGGAUAGUAACACAAACAUGGGUAUUAGUUAAUUGGGAAAAUAGAUGAAUCGAUUACAUUUUAUAUCAUAAUAUAAUUAGGUAUGUUGUGUAUAUUUAUAUCAUUUUAUGUUGAAUGUUUUACAUUUUGCACGACAACCAUGCGAAAUAAAAUAUAUAAAGACUCAAAGUACAAUACGAGUAAGUUCUGUCUCUUUCUUACUCAAGGAGUUCUAUAUUACUGUCCCUAUCGGCACGUCGGAUUCGGAUUAUGCAUGAUACAUAUAUGUGAUAUUUUGUAAUUGCUUUUGUAAAUAAAAUGUAAUAAAUUUUUAUUCACUUAAUGUUAGCCGAAAUCAAUAAAUGCCUAUUUAUAUGAAA